AUGUUGAAAAAAGAUUUAACUGAGCAUGAAACUCAUCACACCGAUGUUAUAUGUCUUCGAAAACAACUUCAACAAUCAAACGAAACAAUUGAACAGUUGAAUGAUCAACUUCAACAAAGUUCACAGAAACACCAACAAGAAUUGCAAAAACGUCGUCAAGAUAUGCUUAAGCCUGGAGGCAAUGGAGCUGGAAAUAGAUUAGAUCAAAUCUCACACCCUUGUGGUGUAUAUGUUGAUGGUGAUCAAACUGUCUACAUUGCUGAUUAUUCGAAUGAUCGUAUUGUGGAAUGGAAGUGUGGUGCGACGAUUGGUCAAUCGAUUGCAGGCAGAAAUGAACCAGGAGACCAGAUGAAUCAACUGAAAAACCCAUCAGAUUUGAUUUUUGAUAAAGAAAGCAAUGGUUUUAUCAUAUGUGACCGUGGAAAUAAUCGAGUAAUGCUUUGGUCUCGCCAAAAUUAUACAUGUGGACAAAUCAUUCUAUCGGACAUCGAAUGCAAUGGCUUGAUAAUGGACAAUCAAGGGUUUCUCUAUGUUUCUGACACCAGACACAAUAGUGUCAAACGAUGGCGAGUAGGAGAAAUUCAAGGAACAAUAGUCGCUGGUGGUAAUGGACAAGGCAAUCGCCUUGAUCAACUCAAUUAUCCGACAUACGUGUUUGUCGAUUGGGAUCAUUCACUGUAUGUGUCAGAUCAUCUAAAUCAUCGUGUGAUGAAGCGGAUGGAGGGUGCAAAAGAGGGAAUAGUCGUGGCCGGUGGUCGAGGAAAAGGUACUGAUUUGACACAAGUGUCAUCUCCUUGUGGAGUUAUUGUUGAUCAUUUGGGUACUAUAUAUGUGGCCGAUUAUGGAAAUCAUCGAAUAAUGCGUUGGCCCAAAGGAGCUACCGAAGGAAGUGUUAUUGUCGGUGGAAAUGGCCAAGGACAACAAGCGAAUCAGUUGAAUGGGCCAACGGGUUUAUUUUUUGAUCGAUAUGGCAAUCUUGUCGUGGUUGAUUGGGACAAUCAUCGGGUGCAAAAUCAAACAAUAAAUUGUCCUAUUGAAUUAUCAUCAAUCAAUGGACGAGUUAUAAUACCACCACCAAUUGAACCGAGUUCUCCUCAAGAUGAUAUUCAAAUAGGACAUAUUUGGACUAUAUCAAUUAUAAAUUCAUUUGGAAAAAUUUACUAUAAACUAAUUCAUACUGAUGAAAGUCAAUUAGCUAAUAUUGAAUUUGAAGAUGAACCUACUAUGUAUCUUAAUACAAGUUUAACUGGAAAAUGGACUUGUGAUAUUCAAAGAGGCAUUACACUGACACAAGAAAUAGUUAGUUCUUCAUCGAUGUUAGUAAAUCACAGAAUUAUUAAAACAAUAACAAAAAAACUUAUGUCAACAAACUAA